UCCCUAUCAUUAAUAAAAAUAAAAUAAUAACACUUAAAGGUCUUGAUACCUGUGAUAUAUUAAGAGUUCUCUGCCACCGCUUUCUCUUUGUUUGCCGCUCUGUAUGGUGCUAAACUGAUGCGGGAGCAUCGGACCUUUUUUCCCUCUCAAGAUUGAGUUAAAGAACUCAGACCCGUUUUAGCCGGAAAAAAAAUGAUGGCUUCAACAAUCUCAGCUCAGCUCAAUCUCAACCUCCCUUCUCUCCAAUACACUCCCUUCAAUACCCUCUUGGAAGUUACCAGACCCACAAGAAGAAAAUCAUCACUCUCUUCCCAUUUUCAUAUUAACUCCAACCCCAAAUUGUGCUCCAACCGUACAGUGCUUACCAGGGUCUGUGGUGAUGGCGGUGGAAGUGGUGCCAUUGAUGCCAGUCCGCAACAAAAGAAGAUUGAGGAAACAAAAGGUAGCUCAUCUAAUUUCGGUGAUAGCUAUGUGGCCUUGUUUGUUCGGAUGCUUGGGCUAGAUAACGAUCCUCUUGAUAGAGAACAGGCGAUAGUGGCACUGUGGCAAUAUUCGCUCGGAGGAAAGAAGUGCAUUGAUAACAUCAUGCAGUUUCAGGGAUGCAUCAAUCUCACUGUAAACCUUCUUCAGUCUGAAUCUAGUUCUGCAUGUGAAGCAGCUGCUGGCCUCCUACGAUCAAUAUCUUCGGUUAAUGUAUACAGAGACGUGGUAGCAGAAAGUGGAGCAAUAGAAGAGAUAACUGGUCUGCUCAGUCAACCUUCUUUGACUCCUGAGGUUAUGGAGCAAAGUCUAUGUAUUCUUUGGAACUUGUCUGUGGAUGAGAAGCUCAGGGUGAAAAUUGCUAACCCUGAUAUCCUGCCUUUACUGAUUAAGUCCCUGGAAGAUGAGGACUUGAGAGUGAAGGAAGCAGCAGGAGGAGUAUUGGCAAAUUUGACAUUGACUCACUCCAACCACAAGAUCAUGGUUGAAGCGGGGGUUGUUCCUAAGUUGGCGGAUUUCUUAAAAUCUGCGGUUGAAGAAGAAUCCAAGGUCAUUAGGAAGGAAGCAAGAAAUGCUCUGGUUGAACUUUCUAAGAAUGAAUACUAUAGAAUCCUUGUCAUAGAGGAAGGUCUAGUGCCUGUACCAUUAAUUGGCAUAGCUGCAUAUAGAUCCUUUACUCCAUCUUUGCUUUCAUGGCCAAGCUUACCUGAUGGUUCAAAAAUUGAACGUACUUCUAAAGGUCCUUCAAGGUUUGGUGCUUCUGAAUUGCUCCUCGGAUUAAAUAUUGAUGACAAGAACGCAAACCUUGAGGAAGCUAAGAUGAAUGCAAUAAUUGGACGGUCUAAGCAACGAUUUCUUGCUCGUAGUGGGGCUAUAGAAGUGGAAGACACAAAAUUGCCUCAAGAUGAAUUAUCUAAAAAUAGGAAAUUUACACUUUUGCCAUGGAUGGAUGGUGUGGCCAGAUUGGUUUUAAUUCUUGAACUUGAAGAUGAGUCAGCCAUUUGCAGAGCUGCAGAGUCAAUUGCUGAUGCAUCUAUCAAUGAACAUUUACGAAAUUCAUUUAAGGAAGCUGGAGCAGUCAAGAAUCUAAUUCAGCUCUUGGACCAUAACAAUGAUGCUAUCAGAUUUGCGGCUAUUGGUGCUUUGGAGAGGUUAUCUAUCAGCAAUGCGGUUUGUCAGACAAUCGAAGCAGAAGGUGUUAUGGCUCCCUUAAUUAAAAUCUUAAAGAACUCAGAGACGUCUGAAGGCAUGAUGGAAAAGACCUUGAAUUUACUGGCUCGAAUCUUAGACCCUAAUAGAAAAAAGAAAUCAAAGUUUUAUGAUGGACCAGUUAAUGGAUUUAAAAAGGAAUUGGAUGCAGCAAGAGGCGAUGAUGAUCCUACUGGAUUAACUAGAAAAGUUUAUGAAAUGCCAGAUUCAAAAAAAAAUACCAGACAAGAUGUGUUGGCCUUCGAUGUUGUUGCUCGCCUAGUUGAUAUGCUAAAGCAUCCAUCCUUAGAGCUACAAAGAAAAGUAGCUUCUGUCCUUGAGUUUGUGGCAAUCAGUGAGUCAAUCAUGGACACAAUCAUCUCAGCGAAUAUUGAAUCUGGUCUGCUUGCUAUCUUCCAACAAGUAGAAUUGAAUGAAUUGGAAUCUGAUGUUGAGAGCCAGCAGACAGAAAUACACGCCAUUCAAGUUGAAGAAGUUGGUCUUGCUAUAUCUGCAGCUUCUCGGUUACUCACAAAACUUCUUGAUUUGGAGCAGUUUCGGCGUGCUGUAAACUCUGCCCAUUUCACUAAAUUGCUCCAUAAAAUCCUGAAAUCGAACAUUCCUCUUCGGUACAAAGAUUGGGUUGCUGCUUGUCUUGUUAAAAUCGACUCUUUGUAUGGUCCUAUUUCCAUCCUGGAAUUCGAGAAUCCGAUCAAUAUGGAAGUCACCCUGUACGAGAAGAUACCAAGACUAAUAGAGCAAAUCAGAUCUGCUUUCUCUCUAGAAGCACAAGAAGCUGCAGUUGUAGAACUCAACAGGAUAAUUUCCGAGGGAAUGGUAGAUGCCACUCAAACUGUUGCUUCUGAAGGAGGAAUAUUUCCAUUGGUGAAACUAAUAGAGGGAGGAAGUGAGAAGGCCGUCGAAGCAGCCUUAUCCAUACUAUAUAAUCUGAGCAUGGACAGCGAAAAUCAUGCUGCAAUUAUAGCUGCUGGGGCAGUGCCACCCUUAAGAAGAAUUAUACUGUCAGAAAGGUCACAAUGGAAACGAGCUUUGCGUUUGCUGAGGAACUUGCCUACAUGAUUAGACAAAAAUCUGAAGUCCAUAGUUACCGGGAGACAGUAGCAAAGAACUGAAUGCGUAUAUGACUCUUGAUAAAUUUCACCCCCUUUGUAGAAUCACCUAAUGAAAUUUAUGAAUCUACAAAGAUGACAUUUCUUCGAUGGAUCUUGUUAAGCUUUGGUGAUACCAGGCCUCUAUUCGUAGUGCAGUUUAACUCGAUUUCCUUAUCCUCCCAUUUUGCCGCUCUACUUUUGUUACUUCAGCAUUUUGUUUCUAAUCCGGAUAAGAGAUGUUUGCAUUUGGAAAGAUAUUUCCACUGCAGCGAAAAAAGAAAAAGAUAAGCCCACUUCCCUGCCAGUCCCAGGCUCAACAAGGACCUAUUUUUAAAGUUUAAAUAAAUUAAAGAAAAUUACGAACAAGAGAAACAAAUAAAGAAAAUGAUAUAUUUAUAAUAUAUGCAUAAAUUACUGAACAUAUUAAAGAAACAUUGAGUGUGACAUAAAAUAACUAUAAAUUUAAUUUAGAAAAUUUUGUUUAUCUCUAACAGAGUCAGACACUGAGGAACAAACAGAGACACAAAAACAUCAGGGGCAUGGCUUGCUUAUCCUGCCACUCCAUAACCAAAACACUUGUAGUAUUUGCUUCUCUUCCCAGAAAUACAAACUCUCCAUCCCCGCAAUCCAACACUGAUCCUAAGCCUCCUUCACUUCCGGUUCCCACGACAACAACAAGUACCAGAACCAAAAGCACCACUACUCUACCACUACCAAGAAAGAAAAGAGUCCAAGACAGGCUACAACAACAGCUCAAUCUUAUGACUAUUGAACGUGUCGUUGGUGCUGGCAGUUAUCGUGACUAUGAGAAGCCCAUUGACCAAGAGAAGAAGGAGAAGAAAAAGAAGAAGAAGAUGUCUGGAUUUAUGGAGGAGGGACCAGUGGAGAAGAAGCUCCGAGAGACUGGAGAGUGGGUUACCACCAAAACUGAAGGAGAAUUUCGUUCCAAUGGUAAAAGGAUUUUAAUGUUCUCUUUUAAGUGGGCUAUACCACUUUAUAUUUUUAUGGUCUUUGUGGCUUCUGGAGUUAUAAAGCUACCUUUCAGCUCACAAUUUCUUGAUGAUCUGCUCAUGUAAAAAUAUCAGUUGAGAUCACUGUGCUUGCAAUGUUAGUUUGAGAGUUUUACCGAGUUGUGCACAAACCUUCCAGCUUUUCCUGCCAGUAGAGAUAUCAAUUUAAACGUGGAAGGCUAAAAUUAAAGGCUAACCUGCAGGUAAGCAGGUGCAUCAAGCCAUUGAACUUUCAUAAUGUAGAGUGCCAGAAUGAGUUUGGACAGGUGAAUUGUAUCUGCAAAUAGCUUUAUGCUGCAUGUUUGUUGCAAGUUGGAAGAAACCAAGGACAUGUUAGCUACUUGGUCUUAAUUUAUCUUGCAAUUCCUGUCAUCAAAAUAUGUAAGAUAUCAGUGACUGGGUAGUAAUACCUACUGAGAUUGCAAUUUCAGUUUUUUUAA